AUGCCCCGAUCCGAUGAAGCCGCGGCCUUCUUCCACGCCGUCUACUCGGCCGUGCAAGAAAUCCCCUACGGCCGAGUCACGACAUACGGCCAUAUUGCCGCCCUCGUGGGAACUCCCCAGCGCCCGCGCCAAGUCGGCGUCUGUCUCAAGCAUUUGCCCGCAGACGCCUCGCAGCGCUUCAACCACGACAACGUGCCGUGGCAGCGCGUCAUCAACGCCAAAGGCAUCAUCUCGCCCAGGUCUCAACCCGAGGGCAGUCGGAACCAGGCCGCUGCGCUGCGGGCCGAGGGCGUUCAAGUCGCCACGAGCGCCAUGGGAGAGCUCUCGGUGGACUUUGCCGAGUACGGGUGGUUCCCGGAUGCGCUCCCGUCGGAAGAGAAUGGCUCGGCGACUGAUGGGGACGAUCGGGACUGA